GUACUGUAAAUUGUAAAUCGUUUUAUAUAAAAAUACUAAAUGCGUUUGUUGUUUCGUUGCACAAUCACUCAAACAGAAAAAAUAUCACUAUUUUCAUCGGAACCCCUGUUGAAAAACUAUCGAUUCAGGGUUGAAACUCAUUUAUAAGUCUUCAGCAUCAGCCCUUGUGGGGUUCCUCACCGGUGAAGCACCUCCAAACGCAGGUAAAACGUGUUAGAAAAGGAGAAAAAAAAAGAGACGAGGGCAAAAAUCAAAAGUAUAGAUAGAGAUAGUGAAGAAAACCGUGGACGAGACACUGGUGAUUCAAUUACCACUGGUCGCACAUUGUCGACGAGGUAAAUAGUUUUACCUUCAUUACUACUAUCCCAAACAAAUUUGAAAAUUCCACGAGCUCCUUAAUCUAAACAAAUUCCCCCUCAAUAAUUAAUUAACUAACAACCACCAGAAAACCGCGAAAAAUCUAAAAGAAAUGUGAUAAAAUAGCGGGGAAGCGGACUACAAUAAUAAUUUCAAUAUAAUUUCAAUGAUAAUUUCAAUAACAAUUCCAGUGAAAAAAUGUUUUUGGAAAAUGGAAAAAUGCAUGAUUAAAUUUGUAAUUAGCAGUGAAGUGAAGGGAGUACUGUGAUUUAAAAAAAUUGUUGCAAUUGACCGGGGAUUCCCGGGAUAAAUUCACGAAAACGGAGUCUCACGACACUCUGGGCGAGGACUUCUUCGUCACAAUGGACUUGAAGGAGGAAGAGGAGACGAAUGCUGAUAAUCGACAGUUGUAUCUGGUUGGAGCACCCCGUGAUCCUCUGGUAUCCACUGGGGCUAUUGUUGAUGGAACAGACGAGAUAAAUUCCAGUGGUGAUCUCCAGUCGACUGCACUGGCUGGUCUGAUGUCAGGACAAUCAUCGUCCGUAUGCUUUCCAACUAAAUUCACUUAUGAUUUUUCGACGAGUCCUAGGAGUGAUGAGAGACAGACAUCCGUAGGAAAACGUAAACAGAGAAGAUAUAGAACAACUUUUACGAAUUUUCAAUUGGAGGAGCUGGAAAGGGCUUUUCAGAAAACACAUUAUCCUGACGUGUUCUUCAGGGAGGAGCUGGCACUGAGGAUUCAGCUCACUGAGGCGAGAGUGCAAGUGUGGUUUCAAAAUCGUCGAGCCAAAUGGCGAAAGCAAGAGAAGCAGUGCAAGAUGCCUGGACAACUUGCUGCCCACAUGACCCCACCAGAAUGUCCAGAGGUUCAUCAACACCAGAGUCACCAGCAGAAUCCCCAGCAGACAGCCGAACAUUUGCUCCUAGAGGCACCUCUGGGCUCUCCUCCACCGAUUUAUCUUGGAAUGGAGUGGACAGGCUUUUCUCCUUACUCCACAGUCCCCACCACAUCCCCAUUGAUCAUGAACACCAUCAACAAACCCCCUGACGUUGAUGACAAUCCGCUACUCGAUCCUGAUCUUCUCCAGCUGAAGAAUCCACGAUCCUAGUCUAAUUCAGUCAAAUUUGUUUAAAGCACUCGAAUUUCGCGCGUCGUCAACUCGACGAAAUUAUACACAAAUAAAAUAAUUUAAUAAAUUCAAAUAAAAUAGUAACUUCAUCUUUAUUCGUUACGUAUAUAUUACAUUCUUUAAAUAUAAUAUCUAUAUCAAUAGAUUUUUCUUCACCUCCUUCACGAAGCCAAAGAAAAUUCGUUCCUCCCGAAAUGUUAUCUCAUUUUUUCAAUAUUUUCCUUUUGUUAAGUACUCCCCAGGGAUGGGAUAAUGACAACGAAAAUGAUAUCGAAUGGUGGAUAAAUUCAGUGGCAAAAU